UAUGGCGGUUACUCGCAAGCUUUUUUCCAGAUAAACCGCGUUGAACAAAAUCAUAGAAUCCUCGUCGGAGUAUCAGUCCGGUCGAUGAUCGAAACCCUUGUUUCCUUCGUAGGAGACGAGGUAGAGCGUUUAUUUAUCGUUUGUUGUUAGUUGCGUGAGAGAAAAGCGAGUUUUUGUAGGUAGAUAAGAAGAGUGAAAAUGAAUGGUAAUAGCAAUGGAUUUGGGAGUGCGGCGGCGGCGGCUGACUAUAUAAGGAGACAUCAUCUUCAUGAGAGUGGAGAGAAUCAGUGUAGUUCAGUUCUCGUAAAGCACAUCAAAGCUCCUGUUCCUCUGGUUUGGUCUUUGGUGAGGAGGUUUGACCAACCUCAGAAGUAUAAACCUUUUGUGAGCAGGUGCGUCGCACAGGGAAACCUCGAGAUUGGAAGUCUUAGAGAAGUUGAUGUCAAGUCGGGUCUCCCGGCUACUACGAGUACUGAAAGAUUGGAACUCCUUGAUGAUAACGAGCAUAUCCUCUGCAUCAAGAUUAUAGGUGGUGAUCACAGACUUAAGAACUACUCUUCAAUCAUUUCCCUCCAUCCGGUGAUCAUUGACGGAAGACCGGGGACAUUAGUCAUUGAAUCCUUCGUGGUAGAUGUGCCUGAAGGGAACACAAGGGAUGAGACAUGCUACUUUGUUGAAGCUUUGAUCAAGUGCAACCUCAAAUCACUGGCAGAUGUCUCCGAGGGGCUAGCAGUGCAGGACCGGACCGAGCCUAUUGAUCUAUGAAAGUAGUUGUGAUCGAGGAGAU